AUGGUGGAGGAUGUGCCAUGGCAGGCAUCAAUUCGGUAUGACGACAACCACAUUUGCAGCGGUGCUAUCCUCAGCACCAAGUACAUAGUCACGAACUCGGAUUGCGCGUCAAUGAUUCCACUGUCUAACCUAAAGGUCGCCGUAGGCAUUUCCAGUUGGAUCAUGGAGUCCGGAACUGUAGCGGGGGUUUGCAAAGUGACCAUCCACCCCCAGUCUAGCAGGAACAAGUACGUCAGCAAUUUGGCCCUGCUGAACCUGUGCGAGCCACUGAAACCCUCGAACAAGAUCAAGGAAAUCCAGCUUAUCGACAAGCAGCCCGAUCUGCUGGCUAUAGCCACAUCUGUUGGCUUUACCGCCCUCCGAUGGCCAACAUUCAAAUUUUGUUCCGAUUCAUCGGCGCAUAUGCGAAAACAAAAUGUCAAGCUCUACGACGUAAAGGCAUGUAUCGCUGAACAUUAUAAUUGGAUUGUUAAAGGCUCUGCCAUCACGGAUCAGAACAUUUGCGCCGCCAAGCAGGACAAGGGCUGCUCCUUCGACAAGGGCUCAUCGCUGGUCAUCGAUGGCAAGUUAGCGGGCGUAUUGGCCCAGGGCGAAUGUUUAGCAAAGACCGAUGUCUUUGUCAAUUUGUUCCAUCACACCAACUGGAUAAAAGAUAAUACUAAGGGCAAUUAA